GGCAGGCAAAUCGGGCCAACUCUCACUUCUGGUUCUGGAUGUGUCACAGGGAGGGUCUUUCACUUGGGCUCCAGGAUGGAUUCGGGAACAGAAAACUCAGACUCCCAGAGCCCCUCCAUCCAAAGUGCCACUGAGCAGCUUCCCUCCCAAAAGAACUUCUUUGAAGAAAGGCACUCAGAUGUGGAUCAGAAACUAUUAGGAGAAGAAGGUAAGGAUUCUUCCCAGUUAAGAGAGAAUGGCAUCCAAAGACGAGGGAAGAAUGGGCUGUGUGGAGGGUCAGAGGCCAAGACAAAUGAGGAAGAGAAUUGUAAGAAGAGGAAACGCAAAGACAGAAAUAGCUGCAAUCUCUCAGACCUGGGAAUGAAGAUCCCCUGGGACUUGAUCUGGCAGGUCUCUCACCCACAAGCUUCCUUUGCAGGGGCCUCUCUAGAAGAGAUGUGCAGUGUGACUUCGGGAAAGAUCGGAAAGGUCUCUGAUACUGACCAAAGUGGUGACAGCAAAGAGACUGGAAGUGCCCAUCAUAGGAGAGCCCAGAGAAGGCGCACUGGGCACAGCAAGAGUCCCAGAUCACGGUCCUCAGGAGUCCAGACACCUCCUCUGCUUCGGAAAAGCCUGGUGACUUCCCUUCGCACCAUGUCUGAGGCCAUUUAUCAGAACAUCGUUCUGCUGCAGAACCAGCAGCUUCCUUUCUCGCUGAGCUGGGAGAAGUACAUCCUGCUCACCCAGCUCCGGGAGCAUCUGCGCACCCAGGCACAGACCGUCUAUGCCAUGGCCACCCAAGCGGCCUAUGCCUUCCCUGCCGAGGGCUGGCUUGUCCCAGCCCCACUACCAGGUCCCUCGGGUCCAGCAGGGGAUGAGGGAGAAGCCCAGAGCCCCUCCUAGGUGAGAAACCUGGGAAGGUCAGCCUCUUGCUCAGACAGGAGAUAGCUGAGGUUGCCAGUGAAUGGGAUUAGGGCUCAGCUAAGGGCACUGGACCCCAUUCAGCUGACGCAGCUCUGUGGCUACAUCGGAGCUCUACUCCUUCCCAGAUUCUUCCAGAUGACCAGCAGGGCCUCUUUUCAAGGCAAUGUGUUGCUACUAAGUGGUUAGAAUUGUCAUUAAAAA